AAAAUUCUUCUUCCUGGACUAAGGCAAAGUUGAGUCAAAUUUUUAAACAAUCUGAGACACAGGAGAGACUGUGUAUUUCGAUGUGGUAAAAGUAAAACACACCGACAGAGAUAGAUUAAUCUCCUCUCGGCCGGUCGAUAAUCUCGGUGACCGGCGUUCUCACUAUUUCGAGCUGGCUUCCCAUAACUGGAGACGCCUGUUCCCAGCUCGAUCCAGAAGGGCGUCCUUGCCCGUUCUACAACUUGUGCCUCCUGCAAUGAACCCUUUCAGGCUAUGUUCGGGACUCAAAGUCCUGGGCUAUUUCAUGAUCGUCAUCGUUUUCGCUAUUGUCGCUCUCUCCUAUUAUGCUGUUGUCCUUCUCACCUUGGCUCCACACCUCCUUCACGCUCGCAGCUUCACCUCCUUCUUGUCUUUCCUCACCUUUCAUAUUCUUCUUGUAUUGCUAAUGUGGAGCUAUAUUAAGGUAGUAAUUCAGGACCCUGGUUCGGUCCCUGAAAACUGGAAACUAGUAUCUGAGCAGAACAUAGAGGAGGGUAACUCUGUUGCUUUAACUGAUUAUGCAUCAAUCGAGAACCCUACUCCAACAGUAUCAACUGACCAGAUAGAAAGAAGACAGUCACAGUUCAGAGGCUAUUGCAGUCAAUGCCAAAAUGGCAAGCCACCUCGUUGUCAUCAUUGUUCUGUUUGUCAAAGAUGUGUUCUUAAGAUGGAUCAUCACUGCAUAUGGGUUGUCAACUGUGUGGGGUCCCGCAACUACAAGUUUUUCCUCCUUUUUGUGAUGUACACAUUUUUGACAACAACAUUGGACACUCUGGUGCUGCUACCCAGUUUUAUAAAAUUCUUUCGACAAGCCAAGAAUCAUUCAUUCUCGCCGGACAACAUUGCAGUCGUUUUUCUAGCCUUUGUUCUGAAUCUAGCCUUUUCACUCAGUCUUCUUUGUUUUGUGAUUAUGCAUGCAUCUCUGCUCUCAAGCAACACCACUUCAGUGGAGGUUUAUGAGAAGAAAAAAACUGUGCACUGGAAGUAUGACCUUGGCUGGAAAAGGAAUUUUGAACAGGUUUUUGGCGCUAAUAAGGCAUUAUGGUUUUUGCCAUUGUUCUCGAAGAAAGAUUUGGAGAACAUACCGGCACUCUAUGGAGUGGAAUUCCCGACACGUUCAGACACUGAAGAAUGAGUUCUUAUACAGGGACGUACAUAGAACUUUGGUCCAUUACAUAAGACAAUGCAACAACAGAUGUUAGGAGUAGGCAGUUUCCUAGUACCAUCAAUUCAUUGAUUGAUAUUUUCAAAUUCUCAUUAGGAGCUUGUGGGUUGUACUUGUCUAUGUAUAUGUAAACGUUCUGUAACGUAAUCCUGAAAUACGUUUUGGUGUGAAAGCCUAAGUUGUCGGUGGUGGUAACAUCGGAGAUAUUGAUAAUGGGAUGAUCAAUAUUGGAUUGUACUGUAUCUAGAAUGACGGGACACUCUAAUUUAAGCCUCUAAUGUAUGCUGUGUAGGUUUGCUCA